AAAGCUUUGUUCUUUGGGGAAGUGCCUUAUUUAACAGCAUUAUUUAUGUAUGUUUGAACAUAAUCCUCCAGCAUAUACUGUUGGUAUACGUGAAGGUGUUUAUACUGAAGAGACUGAACAUAAAGUUGUUAAAUUGGGAGCUGAAUUUCAUAGAGUAAAAAGAGGAGGUUUAAUUACUUUUCAUGGGCCAGGACAAUUGGUGGCUUAUCCAAUAUUUAAUUUAAACAAUUUGCCUCUUCCAAAAAAUCAAAAAACUUUUGGAGUUCGGCAUUUUGUAUUUUCUAUAAACAAGUAUUAAU